GGGAAGUUCAAGUCAUUUACAGUAUCGAGAUUGGGAUUGGUCAAAAGCCUGGAUACAGAAAGUUUAUUUAAGGCGUGGUAUAAUAUAGUAAGCCACACUUUACGAAAUUGAAGAGGAAGGCAGUCAUGGGAAUUGUAUUGCUACUGGGUAUCUUCAUUGCGGUGGCUACAAGCUCUUCUGACGCCACUUCAUGUAAAAAAUGUCCACCAUAUUGGACUAACUACGGAAAUAGUUGCUAUAGAGUCUUUGAAUCAUUAAAGACUUGGAACGAGGCACAUGUGGCUUGCUCCUACCUAGGCAGAAAUAGUGAUCUCGUCUCCGUCGAAAGUGAUUCUGAAAACAAUUUUGUUUCUACGCUUUGGAAAACUUCUCACAAUGUGUUCGUUUCCAAAGCAUACACAUACUGGAUUGGCUUGAUGAGGUCUGGCAGCAGUUGGCGCUGGUCGAACUACUCAACAUCCCGGUACAGAAAAUGGGGAUCCGGUGAACCCAAUAACCAUGGAGGAAAUGAAAAUUGCGUUCAUCAGUGGAAAAGGAAUGGCAAUUAUCUGACCUGGAAUGACGUUCCUUGUAGCAUUAAGUUAUCUUACGUAUGCGAAAUGCCCCCGUCAUAUUAAAUCCCCCCAAAAUGUUUUGACGUUAUGAUAUUAUUUUUUUGUAGAACCUGGUUUAGCAUUAAAUUUAAAUGAGAUAGUAAAUCUUGUCUUGACAAUUGGAUUACCCCGAUUUAUUCUUGGGAUUUAGUUAGAUAUAUUCAUUAAACUAUAAUAAUUUAAUUAAUUGCAGGAUAUCAGAGUGAUAAAUGCACGAUCCUUAAAACAGCUAAAAAAAAACUUGUUCUAACGGACGAACAUUACUGAGUAGCCUAUUGAGUCGCAUUAAGUGACCACUGCCGUCAGAUCAUGAUGGCACAAUGAGUGAACAUCACUAUAUAGGCCUAACUUGUAAUUAAUCUAUUCUCAGACCAGUUGUUUCCGCCAUGGUCAAUAACUCCGCUAACCGCAUAUUUGAGAACAUGACGUUUUUAAGUUUCAAUAAAGAUUUAAUACGCUCAAUUGAA